AUGGAUUAUCCACAAAACCCCAUUGAUCCCUGCCUCUUUCUGCCUCAAAACUCCAUCGAAGCUUUAGAUUUGCUCAAAGCUUCAGGUAUUCUGCCUCUCUUUGCCAGACUCAGACCAUCUAAGCUUCAGACCUCCAUCAAAGCUUCGGACCAUCAUUCACUGCUUCAGACCAUCGUUUGCUGGUUCAAAUUUGAUCACUCCUCUCAAUACCCAUUUCGCCUCUCACUCCAAAUCCUCUGCCAUGGAACCACCACAACCACCACCACCAAAAUCCUACUAGCGAUUCAGCAAACAAGACUUUUUCCCAGCACCCUCCUUCCAAAACCUCUCCACAACGAUGCUGGCCCAAGUAUAGUUCUUUCUUAUGCCACUUCAGGCCUCUCUACGUUGCUAUCAGUAUUCUGUUACACUGAAUUUGCUGUGAAAAUACCUGUGGCAGGUGGGUCUUUCUCAUUUCUUCGAAUCGAGUUGAGUGAUUUUCUUGCUUUUAUAGCUACGGAUAAUAUUUUACUAGAGGCCGUUGUUGGUGCUGCUGGGUUAGGGCAUUCAUGGUCUUCUUAUUUUGCUAUUAUGAUAAAAUCUGAUGCGAAUUUCCUUAGAAUUUGA